UCUCUGCCUCCUCCAACAUGGCCGGCGAGCGGCUGGCGGUGGAGGGGAGAGUCAGUGUGGUCAGUUUCCUCCUCGGGUUGUCAGUGAUCUUCCUGCCGAUCGUCACCAACCGCUACAUCGAAGUCGGGCCCGGCCUGCUGGGGAAUACCGGGGACCGAAUCAUCUUCACCGCUUUCAUAGCCGUCCUCAAUGGGUUGCUGCUACUUCUCUACCGGGGAGCCCAUUACCAGGUGGCCAUCAGAGCGGCGUUCCUGGGCUUUGCCUUCGGCUGCGGGCUACUGGUGGGCGUCAGCCAGUCAGGGUGGAGGCACUUCGGAUGGUACGUGUGUUCUCUGUCAUUCUUCCACUACUCGGAAUACUUGAUCACAGCGGUGAACAAUCCUAAAAGUUUGUCCCUGGACUCUUUCCUGCUGAAUCACAGCGUGGAGUACACACUGGCGGCCAUCUCCUCCUGGGUGGAGUUCACCAUCGAGAAAACCAUCUGUCCAGACCUGAAGCAGAUAUCAUGUCUGAGUGUGAUCGGACUGGUGAUGGUGAUCUUCGGGGAGUCUCUGAGGAAAUCUGCAAUGCUCACUGCCGGCUCCAACUUCAACCACAUCGUGCAGAAUGAGAAGUCGGAAUCGCACAUACUGGUGACCUCCGGAGUUUACUCCUGGUUCAGACAUCCUUCUUACGUCGGGUGGUUCUACUGGAGCAUCGGGACCCAGGUACUGUGCCACUCUUAAGCCAAGAUGGCUACUCUGGCUUCCUGGAGGUUUUUCCGCGAGCGAGUGGAGGAAGAGGAAUACUCCCUGAUCCACUUCUUCGGAGAGCAGUAUAUUGAUUAUAAAAGGAAUGUUCCCACCGGCCUUCCGUUCAUCAAAGGAGUAAAGAUCGAGCCAUAACCCGGCACACGUAAGAUUUCCUGUUCCAAGGAUUUAGAACACGUCUGCUCCCG